AUGCAAUUACUGAUUUGGGAUAGGGCUGUGCAACGAACAAUGGGCAAAGUGGCUACGUCGGACGCUCUGCGUUUCAUGGUCGAUUGCUUGAAGGCGGUCGGGGCUGCGAGCAAAGCGGCGCAACAGCAGGCAGAGCUCCUGAUUCAGGCGGAUCGGAUCGGACAUCCCAGCCAUGGGCUCAAUAGGCUAGAAUUGUACGUGAAUGACAUCCAAAGUGGAGCGUGUGCUCCGAACAAUGAGCCUAAAGUACUAAAAGAGAGUCCGUCUACUGCGUGGGUGGAUGCCAAUAAUGUACUCGGGGCGACGGCUAGCCACUUCGCAAUGGACAUUGCUAUCAAAAAGGCCGAAGACACCGGAGUGGGAUGGGUAAGCGUGAAGGGUUCAAACCAUUUCGGCGUGGCGGGUUGGUGGGCUCAAAAAGCAGCUGAUAGAGGUCUCAUUGGAAUGGCAUUUACAAAUACAUCACCGCUUUUAGCACCGACAAGGAGUAAACAGUCGGCGCUCGGUACCAAUCCCAUAGCGGUCGUCGCCCCGGGUAGCGAUGGAGAAACAUUCUAUUUGGAUAUGGCCACCACAGCUGUGGCCGUUGGGAAGAUAGAAAUGCAACUGCGCAAAAACGAGCCAAUACCCCAUGGCUGGGCCCAGGGCCCCGACGGCAAGGAAACCACGGACGCUGAAUUGGCGUUCAAAACACAGUGCCUGAUGCCGCUAGGAGGCGGCGAGAGCACGUCGGGCUACAAAGGAUUCGGGCUGUCUGCUCUGGUUGAGUUGUUCUGUGGCAUUACUUCAGGGUCGUUCUACGGGCACAACAUACGGUCGUGGUCGCACAGCGGCGAGGGGGGCCCCGCCAACCUGGGGCACUGCUUCGUGGCCCUGGACCCGGGCCGCUUCGCGCCCGGCUUCGGGGACCGCUUGACUGACUGCAUGCGCCAUUGGAGGCAACUGGAGCCCACGGACCCCAACCUGCCGGUUCUGGCGCCGGGGGAUAAGGAAAAGAGGAACGCCCAAGUAGCCGACUGCGAGGGGACUGUGACCUAUCUGAGCCAACAGCUGCAGAGCAGCGCAGCACUCGCGAAGAAACUCCAAGUUACCAAUCUUCUGAGCUGUGUCAGUUACCGUGGUUCUGAUGAAGAUAGCACUGAUCUUUUCGACGCAGAGAAAUACCGGAUACUUAUAGCUCGC